UCCUCGUCGAGAGAUACAUGAAUCCUCUCACUGUAACUACAGACAGGAGGUUAUAUUGUAUUUCAUGGUACAAUAUCAAACCAACAAUGUUAAAAACCUUUUUGUGUGGUCUUGGAAAUGAUUGAAAAGGAAGAGUAUUAUUUGUAAUCGGGGGUGAAACGCAACAGAGAAAACUACAAGGUGGAACCGUAUAUGGAGCAGUGGGCUGCCCGACCGGACCAAUAACAGAGGAACACCGCUGUCACAUGGUAGCAGAGUAUGAGGCUAUCCGCUAAAACAGACGCGUUUUAAAUGAACAUUUCUGUGUGUAUUUAGCUUUAUAAACCUUUCUCUUGAAGAGUUAACCUGUGCGACUUCAACACACCAUGGAAUCGGAAGGGAUGUCGCACCAUGCAGUCAGUUCAUCAGUAGAUGUGUCUCAGAGUGUUGAGGAGGACCCUUUAGUGGACGGACCGCUGAUUUCCCAUGAUGCCUUGCAGUCUGCUAUCAGGAGAGAAUUCACGACUCUCCCCACGCACUGUUCUGCUGUCCUGCUACUGCUGCUCCAGGUGGUGUAUGUGUCUCUGAGUGUGUGUGUUGCCGUGCUGUGUGUGUUUGAGGUUGGCCGGGAGGAGUGUGUGUGUGUGUUGGGUAAUGUUCGGGGGCAGAGUGUGGUGGUGAUUGGGAAGGUGUUUGUGUGGCUGUGUGUGUUGUUGUUUGGUGUGUGUGUUCAGCAUCACCACAGCCGAGUGAGGAGCAGAGGAUAUACCUCCGUAAACACCCUGAAACACCUGCCCUUCCUCAUCCACUCUGCAGGGAACACGGCGGUGUUGGUGGUCAUGUCAGCUGAUCUGCCAGAUCAUCUUCCUGUUUAUCUGCUGCUAGGGAUUCUGGGACUGGAGCUCCUGGUCUCUCUGCCUUAUCUGAUCAUCUACACAGGUAUCUACACCUACACAG